AUGACUAGGAAGUCAAAUUCUUCCAAAAGAACCAGAUCAAAGGUCGAUGCUGACAAGACAGUCAUUAAUGAUACCAACCAUCAUCAGAAUACAGUGAUUGCAAGUAUAGCUUUAACACUGGCUCAACAGCAACCACUGUCGUUGCCUCAAUCUCAAUCUCAAUCUCAAUCUCCAAUGGGAUCAGGCAGCUUCGAAGCUCAAGAAGAAGAAGAAGAAGAAGAAGAAGAAGAAGAAGGGAACAUACUUUCUGAUCAGAAAGAACGAACAAGCAUGGAUAACAUUGAGAAUGACAAUAGCUACUCGAAUUUGGCAAAAAUUGAUAACAAACAAGAUGAUGAGGAUGAUGAAGUGGCAGGACAAUAUAAAAAAGAUAAAAAUGAGAACAAUUCUUCUGAAGCAGGGUUUAAUCAGAAGGAUUUACCAACAGGAGACGACCAUGAUCCGAUACAAGUAGAAAAGAAACAAGCCAAGAGUUCAUGGGAACUUGCACAGAGUUCACAAUGUACUCAUUCUACUAUGGAUCGACAGGAUUGGAAAGCUCUAGGUCUCUUGACCGCUCUUGCUUUAGUAGUACGCCUGUGGCGGAUUGACAGGCCUGGUGAGGUUGUGAUGGACGAAGGGCAUAUGGGCAAAUAUGUGAACGCGUAUCUGAAUGGCGAGUUUGCAUUUGAUCGACAUCCUCCUCUUGGAAAACUAAUUUUGACUGCCUUCAGCUCUCGAGUUGGCCAUUAUGACGGUUCGUUUGAUUUCAAAGAGAUUGGCGACGACUACCCUAAGAAUCUUCCAUUUGUAGCCAUGCGUUCAGCCAUGGCUCUCUUAGGUGCAUUGUGUGCACCCAUUAUCUUUAUGACCGUACGAGCCAUGGACCAAAGUAUCUAUACUGCUGUGCUCGCGUCCAUCUUGAUUACUUUUGACAAUGCAUUGACAGCAAACAAUCGGCUAAUGACGCUGGACGCCCCACUCUUGUUUUUCACUGCGCUCACAUUCCUCUCCUGGAGCAUGUUUACUAAGCAACAGUCUCUCAGGCCAUUCAGUUCUCACUGGUGGACAUGGCUCUCCAUUACUGGUCUCUCACUCUCCUGUACAGUCUCUACAAAAUCCAAUGGCUUCUUAUCCUUUGUCAUGAUCGGCUUUUUGUCCUGUCAACAGAUGACCCAACUGGCUUUCUCUCCAUUCAUCACUCUUUCAUCUUUUAUUCGACAUUUCACAUCUCGAGCUCUCCUUCUCUUCAUUAUCCCAGCUUUGAUCUACAUUCUUCUUUUCCAUAUCCAUUUCUCGUUUCAACGCAAUCAACCUUCUCUCUUGCCCGGUAGUGGUAGAGAUCCUGGUCGGGUCGAUUAUGAUUUCAACCUACUUUCAUAUCCAUUCCGAAAUUCAUUGAUCCGCCAAAAGGGCUCCCCUUCAUUAGAAGGUCCUCCUAAUGGAACAUUCCUCGGAAAUAUGGAUCAUAUCCUUGAGGACAAUCAUUACAACAAUAUCAGCAACGGUGAUGAUGACGAGAGUGAAUAUUUAAUAGACCCGAUUUGGAAGGAUGUCUACUACGGAUCAGUGGUUCAACUUCGAAGUGAGAUUCGUCCACCAACUUAUCUCCAUUCCUUCAACCUGAUUUGGAGAGGGGGCUCGAAACAACAACAGGUAGCCGGGUAUGAAUACCGAGAUCCGAAUACACGUUGGAUCAUGAGUCUCGCCCUUCCCUUUAAACAAAAGAUCGUCCAAGCCAAUGGGAAAGAAGAGAGUCAGGAAGCAAAACAACAGAGGAAGAAACUAAACGACAUGGCUCAGAUUCCAGAUCGAUUACGCAAGGUCCGUCAUGGCGAUAUAAUCAAAUUACGGCAUGUCCCCACUCGAAAAUGUCUCCAUUCACAUAAUGUGAAAUUACCGAAUACAAUGGCUCAAAAGGGCAAGAAGAACCGGUUCUUUGAAGUGUCGGCGUAUGGCUUAACGGGGGAUCGGGAUGGUGACUCAAAUGAUUGGUGGAUCAUUGAAGUUGUGGAUAGUGAGCGAUGGGCUAAGAUGCCCAAGGCCUCGGCUUCAGCUCCACCGUUUGAACAGGAUCCGAAUGAUAAGGGUGUUGAUAUCAAGGUGAAGGCUUUGGAAACUACGUUCAGGUUGCGCCAUCAUCAACAGAAAUGUUAUUUAUCAGUGAUGCAUGACGAAGUGCCAGAAACCCAAAAGGGCGGUCGAGGUAGACGAGUGUUGGGUUGUGUCAAGGAUGCCAAGGUUAACGCGCGGAGUACCUGGCGCAUCACUUUGAAUGAUCAUGACUACUUGCCAAUGGAUACAGAACUUGCCUCCUAUCCCAAGCUGUCGUUCUUCAAGAAGAUGACAGAGUUGCACCUAUUAAUGUGGACAAAGCCUCGAGCAUUCGAGACCACUUCUUCAUACUCAGAUGAAUCCAAAUCAUCACCAUCAUCACCAUCAUCGUUUUCAGUCCAGGAUAAUCCCCGUUAUUGGCCAUUAGCUCCACUCUUAGGUCAUGAGAGUAAGAUACCACUCUGGCGAAAGCACCUGCCUAGUACUGAGGAGGGAUAUCAUCAAUUCCAAGAGAUAGCAUUGGUUCCAAAUCCAGUUGUCUGGUGGGCAGGUGCUUUGGGCAUUAUUACCUAUUUGGCAGUUCAGACUUUGAUCACCCUGAGAGAGAAGCGUGGCUAUGUGGACCAAAGAGUCAUGCAUGACUUCAAGAAUCGUGAACUUGUCCAUGUUAGGAUGCUUUUUGCGAUCUGGUCGAUUCACUUUCUCCCAACUAUUAGUAAUAGAACCAGAACCCCUUCUUCUCCUUCCCCUUCCCCUUCCCCUUCUCCUUCUCCUUCUCCUUCUAUUUUUACCUCUAUGCGACUUGGUCUCGUAGCCGCAUUCUCUAUCCUUACAAUCAGUGCCUUCUUCAACCAUUCUCCACUCACCUAUGGUGGUCCGUCUCUUCACAGACUCACUGGUAACGUCGAGGCAUCAUCACCGCCUGUACGACUACCCCGCUCCAUCCAACGAGACCGUCCUCCAGUCCUGGAGACCCGCUAUCCUCCUAAACAACAAUCCUUACCAAUGGAACACCUAUUCAUCACUCCGACUCAAUGGCCACCUCAACUCGGAGAUUUCAGUCGCCAGAAGGGGAAACCGAAUCCAUACCAACAACAACAAUUCCAUCCAAUCUUUAUGGAGACCCCGAGGUCGAAACAAGAGCAGGAGAAGCUGCAACCGAAACAACAGGGGUCAUUGCAACAACAAAAAGUCAAAACCAAUAUUAAUAUCGACGCUAAUCAAACCAUACAGGAUUCAAAACCUGAUUUGUCUUCCAAACUGAAAGGGAAAGAAAUGGGAAAACAGGCAUCCAUACAUGUGGAUAAAGUUCCUGGUUCUGACAACCAGCAACAGAAGCAGCCGCAGCCGUAG